AUGAACCUUUUAUUUGUUCUUUACAGAUUUAUGGUGUGGAUAUCUCUGUAUGGCUUGCUGAUCAACUUCCAGCACCUGAGGACUAAUGUCUUCCUAUUGCAGUGUCUUUCUGGUACAAUCACCAUUCCAGCCAGUUUUGUUGGAAUUUUUUUGGUGAAUCACUUGGGCCGUAGAAUAAGUCAACUAUUUAUCAUAUGCCUCAUUGGAAUUUCCAUUUUGGCCAUAAUUUUUGUGCCUCAAGAAAUGCAGAUCCUACGCAUGGUUUUGGCAACUUUGGGAGGAGCAUUUUCUUUUGUUUCUGCUGGCUGUUCUAUUGUGCAUGCAAAUGAGCUACUUCCUACUAUAAUCAGGGCAACUGCUUUAGGAAUCAUUGGAAUUGCUGGCAGUACUGGGUCAGCUCUGUCUCCUCUAUUUAUGAUCCUCAGAACAUACUCUGCCUCCUUGCCCUGGAUCAUCUAUGGGGUUCUUCCCUUCCUUGGUGGCCUUGUUGUCUUUCUCCUUCCUGAGACCAAGAAUCAGCCUCUGCCUGACUCCAUACAAGAUGUGGAAAAUGAAGGAAGAGUCUCCAGACAAGCAAAGCAUAAAGAUACUUUCAUCAAAGUGACACAGUUUUAAGGAACUCCAAGAACUGAAAUCUGAGAAGCAGCAAGAUAAGAAAACUAUCACUGAGAUUUAUGAUGUAAAUGAAGAAAAUAUCUAAAAUAAUAAUAAUAAUGAUGAUGAUGAUGAUGAUGAUGAUGAUAAUAAUAAAAAGAAAGAUCAAAUCAGAGGUUGCCGGGAACUGGUACUCCUGGCCGGAAGCAAAGACACAGCGGGAGUGAUCCUGGGGCUGGCCUGGUGGCCAGCGUGACCUGCCCUUUGUGCUUGCAGCCUGGCGCGCAUGUCUGCCAGCCUGGGAUGUGCGCCUACCGGCCCUGUGGCUCCUGGCAGCUGGGCGAGGGGCGAUGGAACUGGGCAUGAAGAAGUUAAGGGUACGCAGGUUCUUCUCCAUGUACCUGCGCAAGAAGUUGUGCUCCAAGAAGAACUCCAGUCUGAGUCUCCUGGAGAGCCCUGCUCCUGCUGGAGGACAUCUGUCCGGAGCCCGAGAGUGGCUGUCUAGACGCUUCAGACAAAUGGAAUCCUAAAAUUAGAGAUGCUCUGUGACUGGCUCCAUUCACUGUGGGGCUUAAUGUUUCCAAACCCUACCCAUGCCGGCAUUUCUUUGUCCUGCAUUCUAUGGUCACACCAUGAAUUUAUUUGUCAAGAAGUUGAUAGAUGUUGGAAAUGUUUCCACGGUUUGGCUGUUGCAGAAUGCUGCCAAGAACAUUUUUUUUUCCAAUUUUUUAUUAGGUAUUUACUUCAUUUACAUUUCAAAUACUAUCCCGAA